AUGGCCAAUUGCCAAGUAUGCGGGCGACCGGACACGGGUAACAUGGCACCCUGCUGCAAGUGCGGAUCAUGGUUGCACUUCGAGUGCAUUGAAAUCAGCAGCAGCAUCGUGAUGGCGGAUCAGUCCAUUAUCUGCCCUUGCUGUCUGGAAUCGGCGAACCCGGCGCCGCUGGUGCCCGAGAAGAAGAAGCCCGAGAAGGUAAAAGGUUCGAAGGCAGGUUCUGUUCGAUCGGGAGCAAGUUCUGUUCGGUCGGCGACCGGAGUACGAACCAGGUUGGCGGAGCUGAAGCUGAAAAAGCUCGAAGAGCAGAAGAAGCUCGCGCUGCAGCGCCUGGAGUUGGAGGAAAAACUACGCGAAGCAGAGCUUGCGGCCCAGAAGCAGCAGCAGGAGGCAGAGCGUGCGGUGAAGAAGCAGCAGCAGGAAGCGGAACUCGCGGCCAUGAAGCUGCAGGUGGAAUCGGAGGCGCUCGAAGAGACCUUCCGGUUGAUGGAGGAGAUCGAGCGAGCAGAAGAUGAGGACGACGGUAAGAGUGUGGCUUCGGAGCAGAGCUCUCGCAGCAAAGUUACGCAGUGGCAGAAACAGCAAUUUCUGAGCUCGACGCGUGUGGGACCGGCGGAGACUGCAGCUGGAACUGGUCAGCAGGGGAGGAACCCAACGAUAUCCGGGGCAAAUACUAGCGCGGUGGAACGACCGGCUGGUAACGGGACCGUUCUGGAUAGGGCGUUAAAGGGAAUCUCCCUGAAUGAGUCAGGAGUUCAGUCGAUGUUAGGAGGUUUCAUAGGGAGGGUAUCAGAGACAAUUGUGCCGACGUAUGCCACAAAGCCACUUGCUCCGGAAGUUGCUCCGGGACCAAGUACCGCAGACCUUUCUCCUCAUCCCAAACAUUCCUCCCCUCUUCCCCCGAACGAAAACUCCGUAAAGCCCACCAGUCUGAUCCAGAGUCUUUUGUCAAGUCGACCAGUUGGUGAGCCGGAAGUGAGCGUGAAAAGUGCCCAAGGAAACGAACAGCAGACGGAUUCAAGACCACAAACGGGACCGCCACCGCCUCCUGGAGGAAAUCCGCAACCCGUUCCAAAUGUUCAUGAAUCGCAACCGGAAAGGUACGAUAACCGCCAGGGGAAUCGGAGUGCUGACGCAUCCGAAAACCAACCGGAAGCCUACUGUGGUCCGACGGCGCAGCAGCUCGUAGCCAGGCAGGUGAUCACGAAGGAGUUGCCAGUCUUCACGGGAGAUCCAGAAGAUUGGCCGUUGUUUAUCAGCGCGUACGUCAACACGACGAAUGCGUGCGGAUAUUCGAACGCGGAAAAUUUAUCGAGAUUGCAGAAGUACGUGCGAGGAUACGCUUACGAAAGGGUGCGAGGUCGUUUGCUGCAUCCGACGGGAGUUCCACAUGCGAUAGCAAUGCUGGAGAUGUUAUUUGGAAGACCGGAGAUUUUGAUACACUCGCUGCUGGAAAAAGUGCGUAGCGCACCGGCACCACGAGCGGAUCGGCUCGAGUCGUACAUCGACUACGGCUUGGCGGUUCAGCACUUGUGUGAUCAUCUGGAGACCGGAGGACACGAGGCGCACUUGAACAACCCGAUGUUGUUGUUUGAGCUGGUGGAGAAGUUGCCACCAAACGCGAGACUGGACUGGUCGCUGUACAAGGAGCGCUGCGAACAAGUCAACAUCUCGGCGUUUGCGCGCUACAUGUCGGCGUUGGUGAAAGCGGCAUCGGACGUGACGCUCAGCUACGGAUCCAAACCACAACAACAGCAGACGCGGAGUACGAAACCGGACAGGAGCGGCAAGGACAAAGACUUUUGCGGUGCACAUUCGGCCGAGGAGACGUCGGACAAGGAGGAAGCGGAGAAGAAAGCUACACCAGCGUGCUUCAUCUGUAAGGACCCCAAACACCGCGUAAAAGACUGUGCCGAGUUUGCCAAGAAGAUGCUGGAAGAACGCUGGAAGAUAGUCGACGAGUUUAAGCUAUGUCACGGAUGUCUGGGGAUCCACUGGAAGAAACCGUGUCGAACCAGCGAGUGCGGGAUUGACGGAUGCAGAAAGCAGCAUCAUGCUCUGCUGCAUUCCAAGCAGAAGCAGAGAGCAACGGAUUCUAAGCACGGCGAGCAGGAACGAGAGAAGAACGAGCCGACAGCGUCCGGAUCGAACGCUGUCACAAACCACCAUUACGCCGGGAAGACGGCGCUUUUCCGUAUCAUCCCAGUAGAGCUCCACGGGAACAACCGUUCGGUGUCGGCCUACGCGUUUUUGGAUGACGGGUCGUCGCGUACGAUGGUGGACGAAGAGAUUGCGAAGGAACUGGGCGUUGAAGGGGAGGUGCUUCCGCUGUGCCUGCAGUGGACGGCGAACGUGAAGCGCACCGAAUCGGCGUCCCAGCGGAUCGCGCUGGAAAUUUCUGGUGACGAAGUAGGAGCCAGGUUCGCGCUGAACGACGUACGGACAGUGAAGAAGCUGGAGUUACCGCGACAGUCGUUGCGGUUCGAAGAGCUGGCCAAGACGUACCCGUAUCUACAAGGUCUGCCGGUGAAGGACUACGACCACGCUGCACCUCGAAUUCUUAUCGGGAACGAUAACGCAUAUGUGACGGCGAUGCUGAAGGUCCGGGAAGGACAGCCUGGGGAACCGAUUGCGGCGAGAUCUCGACUAGGUUGGACAGUGUACGGCAAGCAGGACCAACCCGAGGGACGCGUGCAUAGCUUUCACGUGUGCGAGUGUCAGGACGACCAAUCGCUGCACGACCUGGUGAAGGAGUUCUUCUCGGUGGAGAGCAUGGGAGUCGAAGCAGUAGCGAACCCGGAGUCGGAAGAAGUUAAGAGAGCUAACAAGAUCCUUCAAGAUACCACGAAACGUGUCGGCCAGCGGUUCGAGACGGGGCUAUUGUGGAAAUACGACUGCUUUGAAUUUCCCGACAGCUAUCCGAUGGCAAAGCGACGAUUGCAGUGUUUGGAGCGGCGAAUCCAGAAGGAUCCGGUAAUCGGCGAAAGUGUUGUGAGGCAGUUGUCCGAGUACCAAGAAAAAGGGUACAUUCACAAGGCAACGCCGGAAGAACUGGAGGGAGCUGAUCCAAGUCGCACGUGGUAUCUUCCGCUUGGUGUCGCACUGAACCCGAAGAAGCCGUCAAAGAUCCGCAUUUUCUGCGAUGCUGCCGCCAAAGUGAACGGGAUCUCGCUGAACACGAUGUUGCUCAAGGGUCCGGAUCUGCUGAAGACUCUCCUGCACGUGCUGUUCGGUUUUCGGGAGAAGCGCGUGGCACUUUGCGCGGACCUCAAGGAGAUGUUCCACCAGGUUCAGAUCCGGCGGGAGGAUCGGCAUGCCCAAAGACUCCUAUGGCGCGAUGAUCCGUCAAAGACGCCCGAGGUCUACCUGAUGGACGUUGCGACGUUCGGGGCCACGUGUUCGCCAUGUUCGGCCCAGUACAUCAAGAACCGGAACGCAGAAGAGCACGCGCAAGAGUACCCGGAAGCUGCAGACGCCAUCAUCCGGAAGCACUACGUGGACGACUAUCUGGACAGUGCUGACACGGUAGAGGAGGCAACGAAACUAGCGUUGGAGGUCAAGCACGUGCAUUCGCUGGGCGGCUUUGACCUGCGGAAUUGGCUGUCGAACUCCAAGGAGGUCCUCGCACGGGUCGGGGAGAGCGAUACUGCGCUCGAGAAGUGCAUCCAGCUCGACAAAAACGAUCCAACCGAGCGGGUUCUCGGGAUGUUCUGGAAGCCGGAGGAAGAUGUCUUCACAUACACGAUGACACUGACGAACGACGCAGAACACCCGACGAAACGGCAGGCGCUACGGAUCGUCAUGUCCCUCUUCGAUCCGGCUGGACUGCUCUGUUUCUUCAUCAUCCACGGCAAGAUCCUGAUCCAGGAGGUGUGGCGUGCGAAGACCGAAUGGGACCAAAAGAUUCCGGACAAGCUCAGGGAGCGCUGGAUGCGGUGGAUCGAGUUGUUCGAGCAUUUGUGCGAGGUUCGCAUCCCUCGCUGCUACUUCCCGAAGUACUCGGUCGACGAUAUCGUGUCGCUGCAACUGCACGUCUUCUGUGAUGCUAGCGAAGAGGCGUACUCGUGCGUAGCGUACUUUCGCGCGGUGUUUUGGGACGGCGUGAUCCAGGUAGCACUAGUCGGUGGAAAAGCGAAGGUGGCACCACUGAAAGCACUCUCAAUCCCGCGCUUGGAGCUGAGUGGUGGUGUUCUUGGAGUCCGGCUGAGGAAGUCGAUCACGAACGGACACAGCCUGAAGGUCGAAAAGACCGUCAUGUGGACGGACUCAAAAACGGUUCUGGCAUGGAUCAACUCGGACCAUCGGAACUACCGGCAGUUCGUUGCGUGCCGUGUUGGUGAGAUCCUGUCGAAGUCAGAUGCUGCGGAGUGGCGCCACUGUCCGGGAAAGCUGAAUCCAGCGGAUUUGGCCACGAAAUGGGGCCCGAAGGGGCCGUGUUUUUCGCCGGACUAUCCGUGGUACGGACGUUUCUUUCUUCUAUCGCCUGACAUCGAGUGGCCCAUGGAUGUGAAUCCCGCAGAAGAGACGACGGAAGAGGAGUUGCGCGCCUGUCUGGUCCACAUCGAAGCGGUGAUUAAGUCGACAAUCGACUGGAAACGCUUCUCCGACUGGACACGGCUACUGCGAGCAGUGGCGUACGCUCUACGUUUUAAGCAGAACAUCCGAGAGAAGGUUAAGAAGCAACCGCUAACGACGGGACCCCUGACGCAGGAGGAAAUGGGGAUGGCAGAGACGGCGAUCUUCCGGACGGUGCAGAGCGAAGCGUACCCCGACGAGGUUGCUACUUUGUCCGUAGCACGCGAGCAGCUGAAGCCGAGACGUCAAGCGGAACUGGAGCGAACCAGUUCGAUUCGGAAGUUGUCACCGUUCAUGGACGAGGCGGGGUUGAUUCGGUCGGAUUCCAGGAUUUCCGAAGCCACAUUUGCGUCCUACGACACCCGGUUCCCGAUCAUCCUGCCGAAGAGCCAUCCAGCGACGAACGUGCUGCUGUUCUGGUACCAUCGGAGGUUCCUUCACGCUAACGGUGAGACGGUUGUUAACGAAGUUCGACAGCGGUUCUUCGUGUCCAUGUUGCGUACGGAGGUACGCAAGAUUCCAGGUCGCUGUCCGCUGUGCAAGCUGAAGAUAGCGAUGGAAGGGAAAACCUUGGCGAUACCACGUAUGGCCCCUCUCCCUGCGGCGCGGCUGCAGGCUUUCGUUAGGCCGUUCUCCUACACGGGCAUCGACUACUUCGGGCCGAUCGCCGUUCGAGUGAACCGUGGCACGCAAAAAAGAUGGAUCGCAUUGUUCACGUGUCUCACUACUCGUGCAGUUCAUCUCGAGGUGGUACACUCUCUGACAACAGAGUCCUGCAAGCAAGCUUUUCGGCGGUUCAUAGGACGCCGAGGUGCGCCAGCGGAGAUCCGGAGCGAUCGGGGAACCAACUUCGUUGGAGCGAACAACGAGCUACGUCAGGAGAUGAACAAGAUUGAUGGCCAGCUGGCCGAGACGUUCACCAACACCAACACACGUUGGAUUUUCAACCCACCUGCUGCGCCCCACAUGGGAGGCGCAUGGGAACGAUUGGUGAGGUCGGUGAAAACGGCGUUGACCGCGAUGUACACUUCCAGAGUUCCGAACGAGGAGACGUUAGCGACUCUAGUCGUGGAGGCGGAAAGCAUCGUCAACUCGAGGCCUCUAACGUUCAUCCCACUACAGUCGGAACAGCAAGAAGCUUUGACGCCGAACCACUUCCUGUUGUUGAGCUCAAGUGGAGUGGUCCAGCCCCCGAAGACGUCAGCGGAAACAAAGCUGGCCUGUAGAGGAGAUUGGCAGCUUUGUCAAACGAUGUUGGACAACUUUUGGCGCCGUUGGAUUCGGGAGUAUCUCCCGACGAUUGCCCGCAGAACGAAGUGGUUCGAAGAGGUUAAGCCGAUCGAGGUAGGCGACUUGGUGAUCGUCGUAGAGGAGAAGGUGCGGAACGGCUGGAUCCGAGGACGGAUCGUGGAGGCCUACAAGGGACGGGAUGGAAGGAUUCGCGAUGCGACUGUGCAAACUGCUGACGGACUCCUGCGGCGACCGGUUGCGAAACUGGCGCGCUUGGAUCUGGAAGGGUGUAAGCCUGAUCCGGGAGUUUCGGACCAGCUUAACGGGUCGGGGAACUGUUCCGGCGCGGCGCAACAAUUGUCACCACAAGAAGCCCCCCGGCGAGAUGUAGAGUGCAAGGGUCGGUCGAGGUGCGACGGUGGCAGCAAUGCGAAGAAACGUCAAAGCAAAGGACGAAACAAAACAAAACAACCCAACUCAAAGUGA